AUGGCAGCGCAGCUUACAUCUUACGAGUCUCUUUUCUCGCAGUACAGAAAAUCGCUGCAAGAGUUCGGUGCUAGCUCGGAUGAUUUUCGCCUCCUGGAUAUUGUGCCUCCGGAUGGUGUACUCAAUGUUCAGCCGGGAAGCCUCUAUGUCUUAGACUCCUCGUUCAACCCGCCGACUAUCGCCCAUACCCAGAUGGUGACAACUGCAAUAAAGGCAGCAAAUGCCAAUGGCUCUCCGCCAUCAAGGGUGCUACUGCUACUAGCAAUUCAAAAUGCAGAUAAGCUACCGAAGCCAGCGUUGUUUGAGCAUCGCCUUGCCAUGAUGCGGCUGGCUGCCGAGGACAUCCAGCAGUCUCUCUCUCAGGAGGCCACGCGGGACGAGGGCGGGAAUAUUUGGGUUACGAAACACCCAUACUUUAUGGAUAAAGCAGUGGCCAUUACGGGUGACGGUAGUGUUUAUCCCAAAGAGAUAGAACAAGUCCAUUUGACGGGAUAUGAUACACUGGUUCGGAUCUUUGAACCCAAAUACUACGCUGAUGGAAAUCUAGGCGUUUUGGACCCCUUCUUUAGUCUGCACAGGCUCAGGGUGACGCUACGAACUGGUGCCGAUUGGGGUGAUAGGAGUGAGCAGAUGUCCUUCCUCGCUGACCUUGCCAGAGGGGAUAUGGAGAAGCUGGGUGCGAGGAGGGGAUGGGCGAGUCGUAUUGAGUUUGUGGAGAGCAAUGCGAUUGACAGAGCGCCGAUGAGCUCGACUGCCGCACGGAAUGCCGCCAAAGAUGACUUCAACCUGCUCUUCAAGCUGGUCACUCCGCGGGUAUAUGAGUAUAUCCGGAACCAGCAGCUCUAUGUCAACAAUGAAUGA